AAUCUAUAGAAUAUAUGUUAGUGACAGGAGGGAAUUGUGACGAUCUUUAUCUGGAUCUAGAGUAUCUACUAUAUCUAGACUCUAUAAUCGAAAUUCUAGAUUUAGAUUAAAUCUAGACAUUCCGCUCGACUAGAUAUAGGUCUGGAAUCUAGAUUAGAUCUUUAAGCCUAAGAAUCUAGACUGGUGUAGGACUUUGCUUUUACACACACCAAAUCUACGUACAAAAUGCAAAAAAGAGUAUUAACCCAAACCAACAGCCUUUGUUCGAAUGAGGGAAAAAUUAAAAAGCUUAGAAAGAAAAGCUCUGUAUCUGAAUCAGAUGAAGAUGAAAAUGAAGAUAUAAUUGAGAACUCUGUGGUGACAUCAGCAGAUAUUUCACGCUACAAUCAGAAGGAUGAACCAGUUGCUGGAAUUAUUCGUCGAAUCAGCAUUGGCAAUUUUAUGUGUCACAACCGUCUUGAUGUCAACUUGGGAACUCAUGUCAACUUUAUUGUUGGACGCAAUGGAAGUGGCAAAAGUGCCAUAGUAACAGCACUUGUUGUUGGUCUCGGUGGGAAAGCCACUGCAACUAGCAGAGGAAGCUCUAUAAAAAACUUUGUUAAAACUGGCAAAAGAUCUGCCUGGGUUGAGAUAACUCUAAACAACAAGGGUCCAGACAGCUUUAAGCCUAGUGUGUAUGGAGACAAAAUUAUAGUGAAACGCAAAUUUUCAGUAGAUGGAGGGAGCAGUUAUAAUAUAUGUUCAGCAACAGGUAACACAGUUUCUACUAAACGUGAUGAUUUACAAAGGAUUUUGGAUCAUCUGAAUAUUCAAGUUGAUAAUCCUGUGUCAGUUCUAAAUCAGGAUACAAGCAGAAAUUUUUUGAAUACAAGAUCAGCCUCUGACAAAUUUAAAUUCUUUAUGAAAGCAACUCAACUGGAACAAAUGAGUGCUGAUUAUGAACUAGUGAAUAAGAAUAAAGAGCUGACACGAAAUGUUAUCAAAACAAAAGAGGAGACACUUGUAGCAAUGAGAAGAGAAGUUAAAGUGUGGGAAAAUAAGUUUAAAAACUUGAUAGCACUAACAGAUUUGAAGGAAAAAAUUAAAUUGCUACAAAAAGAACAAGCCUGGGCCCUAGUGUCGGAGAAAGAAAAGGGGUUAAAACCUCUGGAGAAAACAUUACUGGCAGAAGAAGCAGCACUUCCAAGAUUUAUUGACAAAGUGGAACAAUCUAAGAAUGAUCAUGAGAAUUGGAAAGAGCGUCAUAAACAUUUGGAGCAGCGUUUGAUUAGCUGUGUAAAAGAAGUCAAAGAAUUGGAGCCACUUUUUCUGGACAAGAAAAAAGAACUUCAAGAAGCUAAAGAAAAACUUGUGCCUUUGGCUAAUCAGCUGAAAAGUUUGGAAAGAGAACUUACAAGCACCAACAGAGAUUGUAAACAAUGUCAGGAUAGAAUCAAAGAGUUGAAGGAUAUAGCAUCUCAUGAUUAUGAAGCUGAAAGAUUACAGAGAACAGUUCAAAUCACAAAGCUCAAGUCCAAGUUGGAAUGGCUGGAGUCUCAGAAAAAAGUCUUAGAAAAUGAUGCUGAUCAGUACAGAAAUGCUGUCAUCAAAUCAAAAGCUGACCUUGCCAAUUUGGAGUCAGAACUGAAGGCCAAGCAAGUAUUGUCCAAAAAUAUCACAUUAAAUAAACAGAGACUGCUGGCUGCUAGAAAUGAUAGAUUAAAACGAUUUGGUGAAUGGAUGCCUACAGUGAUGAGUAAAAUACAGGAAAGGAAGGCUCAUUUUCACAAGAUUCCUAAAGGUCCUUUAGGAGCUUGCUUUGAUCUUUUGGAUCCCAAAUGGGCUUUGGCUGUAGAAUGUUGUCUUAAGGGCUUAGUCAGUGCCUUUGUUUGCCAUGACCAUAGUGAUGAGAGAAUAUUGGAAGACAUUUUCUACUCCACUCUUAGAUCCAAGAGUCUUCGCCCAACAAUAAUUACUUGCCCUUUUGCUCACGAAGUGCAUGAUGUGUCAAAGAAUAAAGCAGUUAAUAAAAAUUAUCCCUGCGUCCUUGAUGUCAUCAAAAGCGAUGAUCCAGUAAUCAUCAACACACUCAUUGAUCAGAGAAGACUUGAAAAUGUAAUUCUUAUAGCUGACAGAGAUGAAGCCCAUCAUGUGAUGCUCAAAUCUCCACCCGAUAAGGCUAGAGAGUGUUUUACAGAAACUGGUGACCAGGCAUUUAGCCAUCCCACAUUCCGCUACUAUGCAAAUGAGAAUUAUAAUGUGAGGUAUCUCAUGUCUGAUGUACAAGAACAAAUUAAAAAGAUGGAGCUUGAUGAAAAAAAAAUAGAGAAUGAAAAAAAAAGCAUCAUUGAGCAGAUUUAUAAUUGCCAACAAGAUAUUCAACAAAAUCAAGCAGAAGAAAAGAAAUGUAGAUCAGAACUGACUAAAAUCUCUCAAAGUAUAAGCAGUAUUACAUUUGAGGUGAACGAAUUACAAGCUCAUGAGGAUCCUGAUCCAGUUGAUGUCAAAACUUUAGAAGAAGAAGUUGAAAACUACAAAGCCAAAAUCAAUGAGCUGAAAGCUAAACGGGAGCAGAUUCUUUUAGAAAAAACAUCCUGUGAUGAGAAUUAUGAGUCUGUUAAGAGGAGUUAUUCUCAGUUGGAAACAAGCAUAAGAGAAAAAUCGGAUAAUGGUUUACCUUUGAGAGAAGAAAUCAACCAAGCACAGAAUGAACUUGAAAAAAUGAGCAAUGCUGUUAAACACUACAGCUCCAAGUUGAAAGAACAACAAAGGAAAAUACAAGAAGCAAAAGAAAAGGUAGAACAAUACAAGUUAGAGCUGGAGACAGACAGGGCUAAAACUUUAGAAUUUUGUGCUCCAGUUCAGACCAGUAGGUCCCCAGAUAGCAUCCAGAGUGAAAUCAACCAAAUUAAACGCAGAAUCAAUGAACAAGAAGUACAACAGGGGAAUGAAACAGAAAUUACAGCAACUUAUAAAGAAAAAAAAGAUUCACUUGAGCGUGUAAGAAAAGAAGUUGGUCAACUCCAAAUCUAUUUGAACAAACUGGAUGAGGUCAUGGCCAGAAGAGAUAUUGCUUACCAAAAGAUGAGGAAGCUCAUUGCCAACAGGGCAAAAUAUUAUUUUCUCCUACAAAUGUCUCAGCGUUCAUAUACUGGGAAAAUGAAUUUUGAUUUUGAAAAAGAGACCCUGGAGAUUUUAGUCAACACAUCUCAAGAAUCUUCCAACAGAGUAGGCACAGAGGUGAAAGACUUGAAAUCGCUAUCAGGAGGAGAACGUUCUUUUUCAACUGUAUGUUUUAUAUUGUCUCUAUGGGAAGCCAUGGAAUCACCUUUUAGAUGCUUGGAUGAGUUUGACAUUUUUAUGGACAUGGUCAACAGAAGAAUCAGUAUGGACAUGAUGAUGGCUACAGCUGACAUGCACAAAAACCAACAGUUCAUAUUUUUGACACCACAAGACAUGAGCUCGGUUAGAACAAUUAGCAAUGUUAAAAUCUACCGCAUGCAAGAUCCAGAGAGAAAUCAAGUUCCUAAGUUGCCCAGUACUCAGCCAUAGGCUCAUCUUGAUCUUAUCCUAAUAUACUUUGAUCAUACAUGUCUCAUGAUGUCUGCUAUGAACAUAUCAUGUGCCAUGUUUCUUAAUAAAAUUGUUCAGUAAUCUGCCUUAGGCUGAUCUUGAUCUGAUCUAUAUACAGGUAUAUUUAUACUUUCAUUAUACCUGUUGAGAACACAUUAUGUACAUAGUGCCAUGUUUCUUAUUAAAAAUUGAAAUGAAAAUAACUUUGUGGUUUCAUUUUGAUGACUUUUGUUCAUAAAUAUGUUUCAAUUUUUGUUUUCUAUUUUUAAUUUGCUGUUAAGUUCUGUUGAUUGAAAAAGAAAAAAAAAGCUUUUCAUUGCUGCAGAUUCGUGAUAAUAUCCAUAAUACAUUCUUUAGAUAACAA